AUGUCUAAAGUAAUUGGCAAAAGCUUAAAAUCUGAAAGACCUAUACAGGGUUAUCACGCCACUCAAGGUAUCGGUGUGGAAUUGGUGCGUGCUUUGGAUAGUCAUCCCCCAUCCAUCUCCAAUGUAUUUUGCGAGUGCGACUCCAAAGAUGAUGUUACGAUCACCUGUGACUGCGAGGCCACACCAGCCUUCCAGCUUAAAGCUUUCAGCCAGAAAGGGGAAAAGGUGGAAGUGUCCCACUAUCGUGUCAAUGUUAACAGAUUUCGUGCCCGAUUACAUAUUACUUGUAUUACGGAGAAAUUGAUUGGUGAAUUGAAGUGUGACGGAUGGCCUGAAGUCAAAAUUGCGCUUGCGCCGGUCGGACCUCUGAAACCAAAUGCAGCCGAGUCUGACCUGCAACAACUGGUCAGCGAUAUAAUAGUGAACGCCCUCCGGAGCACGAAUCUCAAGUUCAACUUGUCCCCAUACCCCACGUGCCCCAGAUUGAGGCGGUACCUCCCCGAGUCCACCACAAGACUGCCGGUACAUUAUGACUCCAUGCUCCAACAAGACAGGCAUAUGUACACUUCGACGCCCAACUCAACUGCGGGCUGUAUACAACUGCUGGGUGAUAAACGGUUGUUGGUGAAAGUUGUCAGCGCGAAAGAUUUGGGAGGCAAAACCGGGUGCAUAGCGCCAUACUGCGUGGUGGAGAUGGACGAGCCUCCUCAGAGGAACCAGACUGCUUUCAAGAAGGAUACCACCAGCCCCCAGUGGGAGGAACAUUUUCUAUUCGAUCUAUCUGCGCAGACGGCGGAACUGCUGUUCGAAGUGUACGACAGGAGCGGACUGCCUUCUCCCGGCGGAGGGGCUUCGCAGAAUCGGUUUCUAGGUCUGGGUCUUGUGGGCAUAGACGAACUCCUGGCCGCGCCGUCCCAAAGACAACAGAUAGCUCUACAGACCAGGCCUAUGGAGGAACAUGACGUCAGCGGAAGCCUUACUGUUGAGUUCCUAUUCAUAGAGGGCGCUGACAUCCCUGACCUGGGUUCGAAGCCUUUGAAAAUCAAGGAAAGCCUUCGCACCGUCUCACCUCACGGACUGAUGACCACCACCACCAAAACCACAUUCAAACAAAAUGGCCACGAAAACUCCGCCCUAACAGAGACAGCUCUUCGUGAACUCGAGCUGAGUCCAUCAAACGCAAACAAAUCAACUUUAAUAAUACAUUCUGUGCAACGGGAGCCGACGAAAUCUAUAAAGGUGGAACUAACUGAUUCCGGGAAAUUCAUCGAAGUAGAACGCGAAGCGAGCCUCAAAGAGAGUCCCGACACGCAAUUGACCCUAGAAAAUACACAAAAAAAUAUUGACAUACCGGAGAAGGUGAAUGACAAAAACGAAAGCCACUCUGUGACGCCCAGCCCGAGUCAGUCUCCCGCCAAAAGUGUGAGGAUCAAGGAAAAUGGCGCGAAACCCAAUGGAAAGGAUUUGCAAGGAGACUACGUGAACAACCAAGAACCUCCUCCUCCAGAGCCUGCCCCUCGACAGAAACGCAAACGAGACUUCUUUGGCACCAUUAAGAGAAGACUGGGCAGAUCCCGCACUCGCGGAGCAUCAGCUGACCUUCAGGACUCGGAAGUAGAUGGUCAGCAUCUGCGCAGCAUCAGUGCUGAACGAAAUAGUACUGAUAAAUCCCUCGUGCCUAGUAGAAACGUAUACUCAGCGGGAGCAUCCCCCGCACAGUCCGGCGACGAAUCUAGGACAUCAAGAAGGUCCUCUCUCAGCGAAGUGUCCGGAUUUAGUACCGCAUCGGCUCGCACCUUCAUCCACGAAGCGUCAACCCUGGUCUUGGAAACCAUCGAAGCCGGGAUAAAGAAGCACUACCUGGUGCCGCUGACCGUCGCGCAGAGGUCGAGAUGGCGGCGGAAAGGGGUUAAACUGCAUAUUUAUAAUGAGCACACGUUCAUCGCUAAGCACAUCAGUGGUGGAACGGUGUGCGAAGUGUGCAAUAAGACGGUAGCGCGGAGACUCGGCAAACAGGGCUACGAGUGCCGGGACUGCUCCUUCAAAUGCCACAAACACUGCCACGUCAAGGUCAACUCCGCCUGCCCACACUCCACCGUUCCCAAUAUGGAGCUGUGA